CCAGGAUGACCAUUACGCCGAAUCUGGAUCUGAAUAUGACGAUACCCACUACGAAGAUGAAUAUGAUGAUCUCCACUACUACGAGGAGGAUGUGGGCUUGCCUUCUAAUAACAAUACCUUACAAAGCAGCAACAACAAUGCUGAUAGAAUGCUACUGUGUCUUUCCUGCCAUGAGAUGAUAGCAGUGAAAGACUUGGCAGAAGCACCUUGCCGCCACACGUAUUGUCGUGGCUGUCUAGAGCGAAUAUUCCGCCACGCCAUGACUGACGAAGCCUUCUUUCCUCCACGCUGCUGCCGCCAACCGAUUCCUGUCGAUCCCAACCAGCUUUUCCUCCCCGUGGAUUUGGUCUGGGAUUUCCGAGAGAAAGAAGUCGAGUUUUCGACACCGAACAGAACGUACUGCCACCAAUCAACCUGCUCUGCCUUUAUCAAGCAUGACGCGUAUGUCGGCAACGUUGCAACAUGCAGCAAGUGUCAGUCUACGACAUGCGUUACCUGCAAGGGCCCGUCUCACGAUGGCAACUGUCCUCCCAACGAAGGUCUCCAGGAAGUUCUCCAAUUAGCCCGAGAUGAAGGAUGGCAACGAUGCCCCAACUGCCUAUCGAUGAUUGAACUGAACGCUGGUUGUAACCAUAUAAUGUGAGUGUUCCUAGCGAUACCUUGAAGAAGCCCGAGCUAAUCAGCUAAUUACGUCUUAGUUGCCGUUGCGGUACUGAGUUCUGCUACCUCUGUAGCCGGCCCUGGAAGACAUGCGGCUGCGCCCAGUGGGAUAACGGCCGUUUAUAUGCACAAGCAAGAAUAAUUCAAGACAGAAGGGAAUUUGCUUACGAGGGAGGCCACAAUGAUCAGAGAGAGGUUGGUGCAGCCGCAGGCUUUGGCCUAGUUGGUCUAAAUGACAACGAUGAUGACAGACAACGGAGAUUUCGAGAGCUUGUCGAUAAUCUGAUGGAGAACCACCAGUGUGAUCACACAUCUUGGAGAACUGUAGACACAGGUAGCAACUGUGAUAUAUGUGACCAUCUUAUGGGACUCGUCGGAUUCCAAUGUGACCUAUGCAGACUUCAGGCCUGUGAAGGAUGUCGAUAUUUCCG